AUCUCUUACAAAGUUAUCAAAAAUGGCUAUCACCAAGAAAAUGCUUGUCGUAUUUCUUCUUGCUUUUCUUUUUGUGACAUCGUCGGUUCAUUGUUCUGAUAGCACUCUUGGUAUUGGAAUCAACCAAGAUUGGAAAAAAUGCUUCAGCCCAGACCCGUGUAAAAAAGCAGGGACGCAAGGCUGCAUGGAGUUCUGUAGAACUAUAAGCUUUUUAUUAUUCGGUGAAUGUACUUCUAAACCUGAUCAAUGUUGUUGUGUGACAAAAUAAUCUGAUAAAAGAGCAAUAUUUUCUAUAAAAUAUUAUCACUAAGCGACUAAACGACUAUAAAAGAUCAUUUAGCUGAAAAAUAUAGAAUAAUGUUGUUGGUGGUAUCAUAUAAAAUAAUAUCAUUUAGCUG